CAAUGGGCGCGCUCCUCCGCGAGGUCGGAAGUGGUGAGGCAGCUCCGGGGGCCGUUGUUCAGUGCGGGGGCCGAGUGAGGCGGCUCUGUGAGUCCGUGACUAGCGGGUCCGCUGCAAGUCCUUGCUUUCUUCCUUUAUAGUUUUCAGGAAGAGCUAAAGAUGGCUGAAUUUCUAGAUGACCAGGACACUCAACUGUGUGACAACUGCAAGAAAGAAAUUCCUGUGUUUAAUUUUACCAUCCAUGAGAUCCACUGUCAAAGGAACAUUGGUAUGUGUCCUAUCUGCAAGGAACCGUUUCCCAAAUCUGACAUGGAGAGUCACAUGGAUACAGAACAUUGUCAGGUGACCUGCAAAUGUAAUAAGAAGUUGGAGAAGAGGCAAUUAAAGAAGCAUGAGGAAACUGAGUGUCCUUUACGGCUUGCCCUUUGCCAGCACUGUGAUUUGGAACUUUCUGUUCUCAAACUGAAGGACCAUGAAGAUUACUGUGGUGCCCGGACGGAGUUAUGUGGCAAUUGUGGGCGCAAUGUCCUGGUGAAAGAUCUGAAGACUCAUCCUGAAGUUUGUGGGAGAGACGGAGAGGAAAAAAGAGAUGAGGUUGCCAUGCCUCCUAAUGCAUAUGAUGAGUCUUGGGGUCAAGAUGGAAUCUGGAUUGCAUCCCAGCUCCUCAGACAAAUUGAGGCUCUGGACCCACCUAUGAGGCUACCCCGAAGACCGCUGAGGGCCUUUGACUUGGACCUUUUCCAUAGUAGGACUACCAACCAAAGGAACAUGACAGCCCAUUUUCCAAUUCAGAAUAAUCUAUUGGAAGAACAAGAAAGGCAGGAAAGGAAUAGAACCCGGCAGCCCCCAAAAGAGGGUGGUGAAGAUAGUGCAAACCUGGACUUCAUGUUGGCCCUAAGUCUGCAAAAUGAAGGGCAGGCCCACAGCAUGGCUGAGCAGGACUUCUGGAGGGCUGUAUGUGGUGCAGACCAGUCCCUUGAAGGUCCCAAUGCUCUGAAUGACAUAAAGGGUACGGCUGACCGGACCAUGUUGCCUUGUGAAUUCUGUGAGGAGCUCUACCCAGAGGAACUGCUGAUUGACCAUCAGACAAGCUGUAACCCUUCCUGUGCCUUACCUUCACUCAGUAUGGGCAGCACUCCCCCCAAAGAGGUGGAGAACCCUGAUGUCAUCUUCCAAAAGUUUUUGCAGCAGGCUGCAAGUAACCAGUUAGACUCUUUGAUGGGCCUGAGCAAUUCACCCCCUGUAGAGGAUAGCAUCAUCAUCCCGUGUGAAUUCUGUGGGGUACAGCUGGAGGAGGAGGUGCUGUUCCAUCACCAGGACCAGUGUGACCAACGUCCAGCCACAGCAAACAACCAUGUGACGGAGGGGAUUCCUAGACAGGAUUUCCAGCAUCCAGAGACUUCACCAGAGCUGCCCAAGCGGCGUGUCAGACACCAGGGAGAUCUGUCUUCUGGUUACAUGGAUGAUAUCAAGCAGGAAAUGGCUAAAGGGCCCAGUUACCCUCUUCCCCCCAGCAGACCCAUUAACAAUAUGACAGCUACCUGUAACCGACUGUCAACAUCCACAUCAAGCCCCAGACCUGGGUGCCAGCCCAGUCCUCCUCGCAUACUGAAGCUCAACAACUUAGACAGCCAAGACAGCCGGGGGCGGAAUCGAAACAGCCAUAACUCGGCCAUGGCCACUGGACAUGCUCCAGUGAUUCACCCGGUGCGAAAUCUCUACCCAGAAAACCUCGUACCCUCCUUCCCCCGUGGGCCUUCCGGGAGAUACGGAGCAAGUGGUAGGAGUGAGGGUGGCAGGAACUCGCGGGUCACCUCCACAGCCGCCACCUACCGCAACAGAACUGCAAAGGCAAAAACCCCCAAGCAGCAGGGAGCUGGGGAUGCAGAGGAGGAAGAAGAGGAGGAGUAAUGGCGUCGGCAAAGAACCUGCACGUUGGUUCCAUCUUCUCUGCACAGCAGCACUUGCCGCAGUUCAGGCCCCACCUCUUGGGCUCUAUGGGCAGGGGAGAUUUUACAGAUUUUAACUUUUUCUAGGUUAUGGCCAUUUUGUGUCUUUUGAGAUUGUGCUGUGGGAGUUUGAAGGUUUGGGGGAGGGUUAGCAGGGAGGCUGUUGAGAAAUGUUUCAGCUUUAGCUGCUGCCUGCCUUUUGGCCUCACAGAAAUACAGUGUAUGGCCUCUCAGCCCACCAGGGCUCCGUCUUUUGACAUACUAUUACCACUGCUUCUUGGUGCUGUAUGGUCCUGGUGGAAAGAGGAGAGAAAAGGUUCUGGAAACCUGGUACUCACCAGUGGAGUGAUUCUCUUCCCUGCUGGGGCCUCGAUCUGGGAACUUUUAGGUAACCUCUCCUGUGUACUGGCCCUCCACACUCUAGAAUUUGGGCCUCUGGUAUGUAUGGAGGCACCUGGUAGAGUGUUCAGGCCAGUUGCAAUAUAUGUUAGGAACAAGGCUUUUGGAGAUGAGUUGAGCUAGAGGUGAGCGCACUAGAGGCUUUGUUUUAAUCUGCUUCUUCGGCAUUUGGCAUAACUGCCUUCUGUUUCUGGUGGGGAGCACGGCUCCUUUUUCUUUACUGCCUUCGGCUGGAGAAGGCUGGGGGCUCCCUGUUGCCACCAGGGCCAUGCUGGGCUCUGCUGGGAUCAGGCCUGAGGCCUAAGCUCCGUGGCUUGCUCUGAAAACCAAGUAUCAGAGCCCCCUUCCCCUCUUUUUAUUUUACUACUACCACCACUACUACUACUAUUAUUAACAUCCUUGUAAUAGAAAUAAAGUUUGUACUUGGAGUUCA